AUGAGCUCCAGGACCUUGACGGGGUUGCGGACGGCCAACCGGGCCGCCUUAGGCGGUGGCCCGCCGAGUCGAGCUCUUUCCUCCGUCUCCGGUCGGCAAGUCCAGCACAGCGCCGACUUCUCCUCCAGCAGUAGAUCCCAGGAUCGGCUGGGUCGCCGCGCCAAGGAGAAACUCCUAGAUCGGGAAUUCUUCCUCAGCCUGCUGAAUUCGGCGUCUACCAAGCGAGAGGCGAAAUCCUAUCUGGCCCGCCUGAAAGCUCAACACCAAGAGAAACCACAGCCCAAACCGACCGCCAAGCAACCCGAAGCCCCGAUUCCCCCCUCGUCACCAGGCGUCAACUCCAGGUCCUUCUAUGGCGCCUCCCGGUCGGUCUACGACAGUCCUGUCUUCAGGCAUGAUUCAACCCCAUCACCGCCACCCCCCCAAGACGUGUCUGAGCGCCUGCACCUCGCAUUGGUCAAGAUUACCACUCCGCAGCUCCUCGACGACCCUACAAUCAAUGGCGUGGCCAAAACCCUGUCGCAGCUGAACCGCCUGGGCAUGGCUUGCUGUGUGAUGGUGGACCCGGGUACAGCGGACGAUACCAAUGAGCUACGCAGGAUUGCUGCCGAGCAGGCCGAUCGUAUCUCGACAGCCGUUGAUGCCCAGCCUGAUUCGAAAUCGGCCCAUAUCGACUCCGUCUUGUCUAUAUCAUCGGUGAAUCCGGUGACGCCGAAAGUCCUAUCACGGAAAGCUCUGCUCGGGCCGUUGCGGGAUGGCCAGAUCGUUGUCGUGGCCCCAAUUGCCUAUACCGAAGACAUUCCUCGGGCGGUGACCGUCUCUGCCAACGAUGCCAUUUUGGCUCUGACGAAGGAGCUUGCCGGCUUGGCAACAGUACCCGAUCCCGAUGAAGACCCCUUACUGACGGCUCAGCGCAUCACGAGCCUGCAGGAGGAAGUAUCAUUAGAUCGAGUAAUCCUCUUGGAUCCUCUGGGGGGAAUCCCUGCUUUCAGUGGGCCUCAGACAUCCCACGUUUUUAUCAAUAUGGAACAGGAGUUUAGUGAUAUUGAAAACGAAUUACUGCGGGUGUGGCAGUCGGCCGCGUCAGCGAGGAGCAAUCUCCCCGAAAGAGACCUCCCGUCGAUUGCUGACAGUAAUCCGUUCUCCAAGUUCGCGGACUCAGAAGUCGUCCCAGUACCCCCUAGUCAGAAGCCCUACUCGCCAGAUCUAAUGUUGAACACAGGCGUGGUUGAGGGUCAUCUAGAUAACCUGCGACUAAGUCAAGCCGCACUAGCGAUGCUACCCUCGGCAUCGUCUGGUAUCAUCACUUCCCCACUCGAAGUGGCAAGCUCAGCACAGAGUCCUGAAAGUGCUAGUGCCGACGUAUCAGCUGUCGGGACCCGAAGACAGAGGAACCCUCUCAUUCAUAAUUUACUGACCGACAAGCCGUUACUCUCGUCUUCUCUACCGCUCAGCAGACGCGCAGCCAUCAACGGCAGGCGGGAUUCCGUCGCUGCGCUUGGCUCCCAUACCACAUUUGUCAAGCGAGGCAUGCCGCUGACCAUCAUCCCCAAUCCCUGGGUUUCAGCUUGGACGGCCCAGAAUCGGCCGCGACUGGGGCUCGACGAUCCUUCUAUCGACCUGCCACGACUUGUUCGCCUGAUCGAAGACUCCUUCAACCGCAAGCUUGACGUGCAAGACUACCUGGAUCGAGUCAAUGGCCGCUUGGCCGGGCUCAUCAUUGCGGGGGAGUAUGAGGGGGGCGCCAUCUUGACCUGGGAGCUCCCUCCCGGCGUCAAGGAUGAUGGGAGCGAGGCGAGCCAAGCUCGCAUGGUUCCAUAUCUUGAUAAGUUUGCGGUGUUGAAGCGCAGUCAAGGCGCCGGCGGCGUAGCAGACAUUGUGUUCAAUGCCAUGGUACGUUCUUGCUUCCCGAACGGGGUGUGCUGGCGCAGCCGCAAGGACAAUCCGGUCAACAAGUGGUACUUCGAGCGGUCGCAGGGAACAUGGAAGCUGUCGGAUACGAACUGGACCAUGUUUUGGACCACCCCUGGACUGACGGAGGAUGUGCAAAAGUUUCGGGAUUACGAGGGCGUGUGUCGUAGUAUCCAGCCGAGCUGGGCCGACGACACGGGAGUUGUUGAUUAA